UACGAGAGAGGACUGUCGCAAGGUUGAGGUAGAAAAUUCUGGGUUUGCGACCGUAGCUCUCGCUUUCCGGCCAACAGCGAGGUGCCAGAAGGCUGAAUGGGGUGGUGAGGCCCCAGACAGCUUCUGGAAUUUCUGGCCAUUACAAGAUGGACCCUGUAGUCUUGAGUUACAUGGACAGUCUACUGCGGCAAUCAGAUGUCUCACUAUUGGAUCCUCCAAGCUGGCUCAAUGACCAUAUUAUUGGGUUUGCCUUUGAGUACUUUGCCAACAGUCAGUUUCAUGACUGCUCUGAGCACGUCUGCUUCAUCAGCCCCGAAGUCACCCAGUUCAUCAAGUGCACUAGCAACCCAGCAGAGAUCGCCAUGUUCCUUGAACCCCUGGGCCUACCCCACAAGAGAGUUAUAUUUUUAGCCAUCAAUGAUAAUUCCAACCAGGCAGCUGGGGGAAGCCAUUGGAGUUUGUUGGUUUAUCUCCAAGAUAAAAGUAGCUUUUUUCAUUAUGAUUCCCAUAGCAGAAGCAACUCAGUCCAUGCAAAGCAGGUAGCAGAGAAACUGGAAGCUUUCUUAGGCAGAAAAGGAGACAAACUGGCCUUUGUGGAAGAGAAAGCCCCUGCUCAACAAAACAGCUAUGACUGUGGGAUGUAUGUGAUUUGUAACACUGAGGCCUUGUGUCAGAACUUCUUUAGGCAACAGCCAGAAUCACUAUUGCAGCUACUCACUCCUACAUACAUCACAAAGAAGAGGGGAGAAUGGAAAGAUCUCAUUUCCAGACUUGCUAAAAAUUAGCUGUUGAAGUAUAUUUGUGACUUUUGAAGUCUCCUCUUUCUGCUCAUCAUCAUUUAUUGGAUGACUGCAAUCUCAGUGCCUAAGGGAAGAUGCCUGGUAGAGGGAAGCUUAGGAUUCUUAACUUUUUCCUGAAAGAAUGUCAUCCUCUGCAUUAUCCUGAUGGAAAGUUUCACUUUAACCCUAACUUGAAAGCAAUAUGUUCUGUGAAAAUUUCUUGAAGUUAUGCACCAAAACUUUAAAACCAAGCUAUCUUAACAUUUGUUAAUUCCCUUUUGGUCUCCCUUAUCUGCAUUGGCUUAUUCCCAAGGAAAGGCAGUAAUCUGUAAAACAAAUUAAGAAUAUGUGAAAUCUAGAGGAAUGCAAGAAGAAAACUAUAGAAGAACCAAAAACUUAUUGCACAGCCCACAUAUUUAAAGAGAUCAACUGGCUAGAAGCAGAUCAAGACCUAACCUAAUUCAAGAUAUAAAUAUGAAAAUCAGUUACUCAGUUCUUUGAUAUUUCUUCCAUUCACCAUACAAAGGCUUUCCUGGC